UCCAGCAAGCCGUGAUUGUGACUGAGGCAAGAUGGACGGAAAACGUCCUCGCCAUUUAGCGGGGAAAGUUUAUGGAUUUGGGGGGAAUUGUUAUGUUCAUGUUGCGUUGAUUCUUCUAGUUGUGGCGGAGUUAUGUGAAGGGUGGAGGGGAGGAGUCUAUUGGACCUCGAGGUAUAGCGGCCAAGGCGUCAGCUACGAAAAUUGGAUUGGUUUCUGGUCGCAUGAUUCGCAUUACACGGGGUACGGGCACCACUACCAGACAUACUGGCCAUCAUACUACAGGUACCCACACUGCGGAGCCUGUUACUGCAACACUACUGCCUCCACAGUGUCGUGUUCGUCAGCAUCGUCAAUAGGCCUGAAGCGAAUCACUUACCGCUUUAACCUGACCAAGUCGACAUUCUCACCUACCGUUACUUCCAUAGCCAUCUAUAACUCCGGACUGUACUACAACGAGAAGGGAACUUUCGACUUGUUAUCGAGUCUGGGAAGUCUGACGCUCCAUGCUACCAAUCUACUCAACUUUCCUGACGUAUCUAGAUGCUCCUCUUUGACAAGACUGGAUCUCAGUCGAAACAAAAUCACAUUUCCGGUCGGAGUGGACCCAGGCCGACUGCUUCCGGACAGUCUCACCCACCUGGCACUCAUGGAGAACGACAUAAGCUGGAUUCCGAAGGGAUUUUUCUCAUACACAAACUUACAAUUUCUGGGUCUCAGUAGGAACAAGAUUAAGCAGAUUCCAUCGAACGCUAUCGAGCACAUGAAUGACCUACAGUUCCUGUCACUUGAUGGGAAUCAAUUGACCUCGCUGUCAUGGAGGACUUUAAACACUCUGGAAACAUCAAAUGUUACACACCUAAAUUUCAGCAACAACCAGAUCAGCCACGUGGGAAGCAAGGCAUUCUACCUGUUGAGAAGCUUGAAAAUCCUGUGA